AUGAGCGCCAAUGACAGUGAACCACAUUUGCGCGAUGGACAUCCAUUCGACAAGUAUGGCGCGAAGCUCGUGGAGAAGGCAGGCCAUCUACAAGAGAAGGUGCUGACCCAGAGUAAGAAGGAUGAGCAGAAGAAAGGCCCAGCUGGUGGCUUUGACAACAGGCCCGUCCCACAAGCUCCUCCAGGAUACACAGUCAGGAUCAUCUUCCACCGUGCUGAAAACCUGCCCUUUAGUGAUUUUGCAACACUCUCAACUGAUCCUUACAUACAUGCGACUUUCAAGACAGACUUGGUGAAGCGGAACAAACAAGAUCCUGAUCUGUAUUUACGAACGCCUACUAUCCACCGAAAUACGAAGCCGAAGUGGGAGACGCAGUGGGUGAUCGCUCAUGUCCCUGCUUCUGGCUUCCACCUCAAGUGCAGGCUUUACGACGAAGAUCCGAGCGACCACGACGACAGGCUGGGAAACGUGCAUAUCGUGGUGGACAGAAUCUCCGAUAGUUGGCCCGGAAUCAAAGAGGAGGCGUAUGAUCUCAAGAAGCGCAUGGGCAGCAAAAGAGCGUACACUUUCAGAGGAGCGGCAUCAAUUCUCCGCAGAGGCCUCAAGAUGAGUGCCCAACUCAUUGUCAGUAUCGAAAGUCUAGGCCGCAGUCCUGGAGACGAUGGUGGACGAUCCUAUACAGUGGCACCACUUCCUUGGUCGAGACACCACUCACCUUUGAUAGGACGUAUAGCAGGAACGAAGGAUCGCGAGGAGUCCAGCUGUGGAAAAAAGAGUGUUGAAAGGUAUAAUUUUCAAGCCAUUCAGAUGCAGCUCACUGGUCCUGUGCCUGCGCCGAUGUAUCAUCGAUAUGUCGAAUUCAGGCCGUUCAUAGCAGGCAUGUUCACCGAUGUUACCUUGCGUGGCCGAAUCCUCAAUAGAGCGCUGCAUCACCAGCAUGCCAGAGUCUACAACUACGAUACCUCUACGACGUAUGGCAUAUUCGAGAAACCUUGCCUAGCGAUGACGAAACAGUUCCUCGAGUUUGUCCAUUACGACCAAGGUGGCAGGAUCUAUACUUACGUCUUGAGUCUGGAUGGCUUGUGGCGCUUCACCGAAACAGGCAAGGAGUUCGGCAUCGACAUGCUUAGUAAACAUACUAUGCAUAGCGAUGUGAGCAUAUACAUCGCCUUCAGUGGUGAAUUCUUCGUGCGAAGGCUAAAGCAUCAAGAUCGUGAACAGAACGACAACACUGACCUUACAGAUCGAAUUGCGCCACCUUCUGCUGACCCUGAGAAUUCAGGAAAUCCAUCAGGACGGCAUUCCCAUGGCGAUAUACCUAAGGACCCGUCCCACUACGAGCUCAUAAUAGAUAACGAUAGUGGCACUUAUAGGCCCAAUGCGGAGCUGCUCCCACUGCUCAAGGAAUACAUGGCUAUGAAUCUGCCAGGAUUACGUGUUGCGACACUCGAUUGUCAGAAAGACGAAAAGAAGAUGAAGAAGCUGAAGGAAGAACAAGUCGAGCGUAAGAAGCGAUCUGGCAAGCAGAUUACCUAUAUGCAGAAUUCAAGCAUGAGUAGUCUUAGCUCGAGCGAUGAGGAGGAGCUUGAGGCCAGAGCGUUGGGACAAGAACGGCCCAAUGCCUACAAGAGGAAGGUCGCUAAAGGACAAUCCAAGAUGCAAGCUCAUGCACACAAGGACUCGGCGAAAAAGGAAAGCAUAGGCCAAGAACAUGCUUACCUGAGUCCUGAAAGGCACAAUAAUAACGAAUACGUGUCUGAUCGGGACAGUCGAGACAUGUCUUCGAGUCUGAGCUCGGGAGAACACGUGCUUCGGAGUCAACGAGUCGACAAUCGAGAAGGACUGCGAAACACGAAUGAAAGCUACGCCUCUAGAGAUUUGCCGACGCUUCUGAAGAAGGACACGAAUGGUCAUGUGCCACAACCACAGACUUUCUCAGAACACGAACCUGAACAUCCUUAUGUUGAACCUGAGACAGGCGAUCACAAGCCAGCUGGAGGAAUUGUCUAUAAUGGUGUAAUCAGUACUGCUGGAGUUGAACGGAGUUGUCGGCCUCAUGCUAAACAUUGUGUCACAAACUGUGAGGCAAAGCAACAAUGA